AUGGAACACAAUUUCAAGCCACUGCAAAACGACUUACUGCUUCGUGCUGCUCGCGGCGAGGUCGUCGAGCGUCCGCCCAUGUGGGUGAUGCGGCAAGCUGGUCGUUAUCUUCCCGAAUACCAUGAAGAAAAGGCUGGUCGUGACUUUUUCGAAUGUUGCCGGGAUCCCGAAGUAGCCUCGAACCUUACUCUCCAGCCGAUCGACCGUUACGCCAAUCUCAUUGACGCAGCCAUCAUAUUCUCGGAUAUUUUGGUCAUUCCCCAAGCCAUGGGAAUGAUAGUUGAGAUGGUUGAUAAGAAAGGUCCGCAUUUUCCGGAGCCUCUCAAGACACCCGACGACGAGCAAUACGGUCUGGUCAUGGAGCGCAACGUUGACGUCGCCGGUGAAUUGGACUAUGUCUACAAAGCCAUCACGCUCACGCGACAGAAACUCAAGGGUCGUGUGCCCUUGAUUGGCUUCUGUGGUGCGCCGUGGACGCUGUUUUGCUACAUGGUCGAGGGCGGCGGUACCAAGCUCUUUGCCCAGAGCAAAACGUGGAUCUACAAAUACCCCGAAGCGACGAAGAAGCUAUUGGCCAAAAUUGCAGACAUCUGUGUGGACCACCUGGCUCUCCAGGUCAAAGCGGGCGCUCAACUCGUUAUGGUGUUCGACUCGUGGGCCGGUGAGCUGGGACCGGAUUCAUUCAGCGAGUUCUCGGAGCCUUAUCUUGCGCAUAUUGCGCAGAAGCUACCAGGGAAGCUGAAGAGCCUCGGUCUUGAGUCUGUUCCCAUGACAGUAUUCCCCAAGGGCGCCUAUCAUGCUUUGGACAAGGCUUGCAGCUUGGGGUAUAAUGUUGUCGGCCUUGACUGGCUGCAUGAUCCGGUGGACGCCGUCAAGAUCCGUGGUGAUCGUAAGAUCGUCUUUCAGGGCAACGCCGACCCCGGUGUUUUGUAUGGCACAAAGGAGGGAAUCACCAAGGCUGUCCAGCGGACCGUGGACGGGUUCUGGGCCGGCAGAAAGCAGGGUUGGAUUGCCAAUCUAGGACAUGGCAUCACUCCUGGUGUUAAUCCCGAUAACUUGAAGCAUUUUUUCGAAGAGAUCCACCGCCUCACUAAAGAGUGA